GAAGAGCCGUUACCUGGUUACAGCCGGGCGAUGGAGCACCGAGUCAUAACGAGCUGACGAGCAUCUAGAAACGCAGAGCUGAUGCCUGAGGAGGACUCCGCGCCUCGCGCUCUCUAUUGGAGGGGACACGAGACAGGACAGGAGACUUUUUUUCCCGCGUCGCGCUUUUCCCGCCUUUCAAGCUGCCUCGAGUCGCGCGCCGAGCGGUUGGAACGCCGCUGCGCUGUAGAACAGCCGCGUUAACGCAAGUAAAGCUAAAACGUUAGCUCAAAAAAUAAACAUACUGACAGAAAACAGCGCAGAAAAGAGACUUUACUGCCUCAUUCCUGUCAGGAUGAGUCCCGAGGGAUCACAGUCUGGCGCUUUCACUCGGUUUAGUCAAGGACAGUGGCCACCAGCUGAGCACAGCUUGAGAGAGAGGGUACCAGUGCUAUGAUGGAGUUUACCUCUGCAGACGCUUCUGCCAUAGCAGAGCUUUGUUGCAACAUCUCCCUCCCAGGGUUCCUCUUUAAUGAUACAUUCCUCAAUAACACAUGCCACUUUAACAACUCCAAGUGCGCCAAUGGAACUAAUUCUGGAGACCGGCCAGGCACAGGAGUGGCCGGAGUACUAAUCCCUCUCAUAUACAUCAUCGUCUGCAUCGUUGGCCUGGCUGGAAACACUUUGGUCAUCCACAUAGUCCUACAUUACUCCAAGACAGAAUCCGUCACCAACAUCUACAUCCUCAAUCUGGCCAUUGCUGAUGAGCUUUUCAUGCUAGGCCUCCCGUUCCUGGCCGUCCAGAAUGCCAUGAUGUCUUGGCCGUUCGGCUCUUUCAUGUGCCGUCUGGUGAUGACAGUUGACGGAAUCAACAUGUUCACCAGUAUCUUCUGUCUGACAGUGAUGAGCAUUGACCGCUACUUGGCCGUGGUGCAUCCCAUCCGCUCUUCCAAGUGGAGGAGGCCACAGGUAGCCAAGGCAGUGAAUGGAUCAGUAUGGGCUUUGUCCUUCCUGGUGGUCCUUCCUAUGGUGAUCUUUGCCGACGUCUCUGAAAAAGGAGGUACGUGCAAUAUCAACUGGCCACAACCAUAUGAGAUCUGGCGUGCCGCGUUCAUUAUUUAUACAUCCACGGUGGGAUUCUUCUUCCCCUUGCUGGUCAUCUGUAUGUGCUACCUGCUCAUUGUGGUCAAGAUACGGAGCUCCAGCAAGAAGGUCCAUGCCACUUCUACCAAAAGGCGCAAGUCUGAGCGCAAGGUAACUCGCAUGGUCGUGAUAGUGGUGGCCGUGUUUGUUUUCUGCUGGCUCCCUUUUUAUGCUCUCAAUAUCAUAAACUUGAUCGUGUCUCCACCCAGCAACAACCUUCAGGGCCUUUACUACUUUGUGGUGGUCCUGUCUUAUGCCAACAGUUGUGCCAACCCCAUCGUUUACAGUUUCCUCUCUGACAACUUCAAGCGGGGUUUCCGGAAGGCACUGUGCCGCUCUUCUAGGAAGGUGGAAAACCACGAACCAACAGAGCGCCAGGAGCAAGAAGAGCGCAGGCAGAUCCUGAUGCCCAGAGAAAGCCUGCGCAGGGUGGUAAGAGAUGAUGAAGAAGAGGAUGAGGAAGAGGACAGGGAGGAAGUGACUGAGAUGACUGAAAUCUGCAAGAUUACCCAGAACGGAAAUGGCAGCGGACAGGCCGAGAGUGCCCGUGCCUUGUUCUCCGAGAGGCCAUUAGCUCCAGGGCUGUCUGAGCCUUGUACCCCAGACAGGAGAGGCCCAGGUGGGGAUGGGCUUGGCAAAGGUUCUGGCUAUGGACCAUCCACAACCCUGCUAAACGGGGCAAAAAAUGGCAGUGUGAAACCCUUGCCAGAGGAACCUGUGGAGAAGAACGCCUCACUGGAGAUUAGCUACUUGUAACAUGACUCUAAAAAUGUCUCAUACGUUACUUGAAACAGAGCCACAGUAUUUCUAUCAUUGUAAUGUUUAGCCUAACUGCCACACUGGAGCCUUGUUCAAAUUUGCAGCUUCUCUUGUGAGCCCUGACUGAAACCUCUACCCAAGACGAGAAUGUACCGACAUUAAUGCUAUUUCUUUUGUAAUUAUUCUGUAAAUUAUAGAAGCUUAAAUUAUGGAAUAUUCCUCAGCAGCAGUUGGCCUUACUGUUCACUUGUACACACUAUAGAGUUUGUAAAGAUGAUGUCAUCG